UACCAACGUUGCAGAAGUGCUGUUGAGAGGGGGACAAAAGUAAGGAUAUAGAAGGCUGGCUCUCUAGACGCCCCAAGUGACCCGCCCUCCCCCCUCGUCGUGGGAGACGCCUGCUCGGCACGUGUCCCUCCGCGUGGAGCAAGGUGACAAUUGCAUCGUACCCGGCCCUGUGGGGACAGUCGAAGCGGUCCGACUCCAGGAGCAAUCACCUGCGCGAAGCGCAUGUCUCCAGUGGCGAGGGACGAGCCGUGACCGCUCAGGUGGAAGGAACGUGAACCAGCGCCAUUCCGUCGUCGUCAUCAGCGUCUUAGCCAGUGCCGCAGAACGCCGCGUGCAUGACCGUUCUCGCCCGGGCAGCAGACCGCGCUGGUCGGAGGCAGCGCUACGUCAUCCUCGGUUCCCUCCUAACAUGGGCGGCGCUGCUCGCGUUCGCUUACGCAUGGAGUCCCUCUAUCGUCAGGUUGACGAAAAGCAGCGGCGAAGCCUUGCGGGAGACGCUGGACCUGAACUUCAAGAAAAUCGUCUACGUGUUUCAAGGCGACUACUUUAUCCUGACUGCUGGCGGUCAAUGGGUGUUAACAGUGGGCAGCUACUGGUUUCUAGGACUUCUUUUCUUGGUGGCCGACACGAGCAAAGCAUUUUCGUGGAUGAGGAGGUACAAAGUACAAGCGACGGAGACUAAGCCAACCGCUCAAAGUUUGGUUCCAGUGGUGCGGCAGGUGGUGUUCAAUCAAGUCUUCGUUCAGCUGCCCAUUAACGUCCUCUUCUACUGGGUGAAGGACUUGCGCGGCUUCGACCAGAGCCUGAGCCUACCGCCCUUGUCUCGAGCCGUGGCACACUUCGCCUGUUUUGUCGCGAUCGAAGAGGCGCUGUUCUACUACUCGCACAGGCUUCUGCACCACCGGCUGCUGUACCAACGCUUCCACAAGAAGCACCAUGAAUGGACCGCGCCGGUGGCCAUCACGGCGGUGUACUGCACGCCGCUAGAGCACCUGCUCUCCAACGUUCUGCCCGUGGUGGUGGGGCCCGUGGUUCUCGGCUCGCACCUGAGCGUGCACUGGCUCUGGGCCGUGCUCACGGCGCCCUACGGCGUCAUCGUGCACUCGGGAUACCACCUGCCACUGCUUCCGUCGCCGCAGAUGCACGACUUUCACCACCUAACGUUCCGCGGAAACUACGGCAUUCUGGGAAUCCUGGACUGGCUGCACGGCACGGACCGGGCCUUCAGACAGAGCGAAGCCUUCCAGAGGCAUCGGGUGCUGCUGUCGUUGAGGCCCGUCCACGAGCUGUAUCCGGACACAGGGGCAGCCAGACGCGACUCGCGGGGCGAAGGGCGAUCAGCGACGCAGCCGCACGGCUGACGCAGAAGCGAGCUCGCCUAUAUAUUUUCUCUUUCUUUGCCCAUUUGUGAUACCACUGCACCUCGUACCCAUGAGAGUGGGUCGAAGAUCUGGUAGGACAGCCUGCGACACGACGCUUAAGAUAGCUUUUUGAUAAGAGAAAAUAGGAGGAGGAGAAAUAGAAAGGGAUCGCUGGGUGCGUAAUAGAGCACAAAGUGUUCGCUCGUGGUCACCACUCUCAUUUGUGCGUUGAUGCACUUUCAUUUGAGCUCGUUCAUGUGCGUUAAAUUACUGUUAAGCUACUGGAACUAGUCAAGCAAUCACGAAUGCAAGGAAUUGCUAAAAUCAAUCAAUCAAUCAAUCAAUCAAUCAAUCAAUCAAUCAAUCAAUCAAUCAAUCAAUCAAUCAAUCAAUCAAUCAAUCAAUCAAUCAAUCAAUCAAUCAAUCACCACGACGGUCAUUGGUGUGUUCACUGUCAAUGUGUGUGGUGUGGCUGCACAUGUUUGUUUUAUGACUGCGUGAUUGUUGUCAGACACAGAGAAAGGACGCGCGUGAUAUUAUGGAGGCAUAAUCUAUCAGGCGCAGUGCUUAAAGGUGCGUUAGCACUGCCUCUGUCGGCAUUUUUUGAUAAAGAGACUGCCUCUUAUGGUAGGGGCAGUACGACGUUUUGAGCAGGAGUGGCGCGGUUGGGCAUGUUGUAUACAUGUACAAACUUUCCCUUGAAUAAACUGUUUAAAUU